AUUUUAAAGAUGGCGGCCGCCUGCAGAAUUCGAACCGUGCUUCGUUUAAGCAAAUCGUUUUCAAGGCCUGUAAAUUGUACUUUCAGAACUUUCUCGGUAGAGAGAAGAUGGAGACAGUUCUCGGUUUUACGGAACCCUCAUACGAGACUUUUGUCCUCGCAAGCAGAGCCUCAGAGUUCGCAGGAUUACCACAAUAUCGUAAAGGACACGGAGAAACCUAUCGGAGAGAGCGCCAAACAUGAAUUCCAGUCGGAGACCCGUAUGUUAUUAGAUAUCGUUGCAAAAUCUUUGUAUUCCGAUAAAGAGGUGUUUAUACGAGAGCUCAUCUCUAAUGCCAGUGAUGCUCUUGAGAAGCUUCGGUACUUAAGAAUCAGCCAAAAUCUAAGUCCUGAAGAGGGCGGAGACAGAAAUUUAGAAAUUCACAUUGCAACUGAUAAGCAGAAUCGAAUUUUAACAAUUCAAGAUACAGGAAUUGGGAUGACAAAGGAGGAACUUGUUUCCAAUUUGGGAACCAUUGCCCGAUCUGGAUCUAAGGCUUUCCUGGAGCAACUGAAGGAGAAACAAGCAUCCACAGAAAUAUCAAAUAUUAUUGGACAAUUUGGUGUUGGAUUUUACAGUGCCUUCAUGGUAGCGGACAAGGUUGAAGUAUAUACUAAAUCCUACGCCAAGGACGCAGAGGGAUAUUGCUGGGUGUCCGAUGGGUCGGGGACAUACGAAAUUUCGAAAGCAGAAGGUGUACAACCUGGUACAAAGAUAGUAUUACACUUGAAGCCUGACUGUCGGGAAUUUUCUGACGACGCAGCAAUUAAUGAGAUAAUUAAAAAGUACAGCAACUUCGUCGGUAGCCCUAUUUUUGUCAAUGGCAAGAGAGUCAACGUUAUUGAGCCACUAUGGAUGAUGGAUCCAAAAGACGUAACCCAACAGCAGCAUGAACAGUUCUAUCGGUUCAUUGGAAAUUGCUAUGAUGUACCCAGAUUCACCCUACAUUAUACAACUGACGUACCUCUUAGUAUCAGAGCUUUACUAUAUUUUCCUGAAGGCAAGCCAGGACUCUUCGAGAUGAGUAGAGAUACAUCUGUCGGAGUUUCUCUGUACAGCCGAAAGGUCCUAAUCAAAAGCAAGGCAGAACACAUUUUACCAAAAUGGCUGCGAUUCAUAAAGGGUGUUGUUGACUCUGAGGACAUUCCAUUAAACUUAAGCAGAGAAUUAUUACAGAAUAGUUCCCUUAUAGGGAAACUUCGCAAAGUACUUACGACUCGUAUACUCAGGUUCCUUCAAGAGCGAUCGACAAAGCAACCUGAGGAGUACACUAAAUUUUAUAAAGACUACGGCAUCUUCCUCAAGGAAGGAAUAAUCACCAGUGAAGUUCAAUCGGAUAGAGAGGAUAUUGCCAAACUUUUAAGAUUUGAAUCUUCAGCUGGAGCUCCGGGUGAACUGAUCAGCCUUCCACAAUACUGCAGUCGAUUGGCAGGCGAUCAGAAAGAUGUGUACUACUUAUCGGCUCCAAGUCGGACACUGGCCGAGAAAUCACCGUACUAUGAGUCUCUCAAGAAACGAAACGUAGAAGUACUGUUCUGUUAUGAACCUUACGAUGAACUGGUACUCAUGCACUUGGUGCAAUUUAAUUCACACCCUUUGACAUCUGUUGAGAAAGAGAUGCGUGAAAACGCCGAAUCUGAUAAGUCGGAAAUUUUGGGUUCUACGGAGAAAGAAGAUGUAGAUCGCGUCGUGUCUUACAUGAAGAAAGUUCUAUCUAAGAAAGCAUACGAAAUCAAACCUACAACUCGCCUUGAGUCGCAUCCUUGUGUCGUCACUGUCCAGGAUAUGGCAGCAGCUAGACACUUUCUGCGCACACAAAGUCAUCAACUUAAUGAAGAGAUGAGGUAUUCGCUCCUUCAACCUCGCUUGGAAAUCAACCCGAAGCAUCCACUGAUAAAAAAACUCAAUGAGCUCUCAUCGUCUAAUCCUAAAUUAGCUGAUCUUCUCACGCAACAGCUAUUCACGAGCGCUAUGGUGACAGCUGGCCUCAUCGAGGAUCCCAGGACGUUACUAUCAACGCUAAAUGAAUUACUGGUGCUUGCACUUGAAAAACACUAAGAUCUACUCUUUCAAUUUAAGAACUUAUAAAAAAAAUGACCUAGUAGUAAUUUCCACACAAACUUCUAUGUUAAUUCAUUCAUCCUGUAUAUAGUUAUUAUUCCUAAUACAUGAACUAUUUUGUUAGUAAGAAAUAUUACGUUAAAGGGGAA